AUGUCAGAAACAACAAAAGCAUUAUGGUUUUUAAUCAGAGGUGCAGCCCUUGUGAAUAUUUACUCUGACGGAUCGGUGCUGGUGGCUCAUGGUGGAAUAGAGAUGGGACAAGGUCUUAACACGAAACUUAUACAGAUGGCAUCAAGAGUGCUGGGAAUACCCAAAGAAAAGAUUCAUACAAUCGGAAGCAGUACAAGGGAAAUUCCGAAUACCAUGGUUACAGCUGCGAGCAUGGGCACAGACCUGUAUGGACCUGCCGUAAAGGAUGCUUGUGAAAACUUGAACAAACGACUUAUCCCAUUGAAGACUGUGAUGCCUGAUGCAACAUGGGAGAAACUGAUUUUCAAAGCAUUUUUCUCACGAGUUCAAUUGUCGGCAACUGGAUUUUACUGGUAUCUCUACGAUUUUAUUAACAGUUUAAACGACGACAGUGAUGAAAAAUUUGUAUGACAUUUAGGAAUAUAAUAUUCGACAGAAUUUCAUUUUUUCUUUUACAAAAUUAUAUCUUCACAAACAUGGCGAAUACUGCCAAGACGAGAUCAGUAAUUUUGGUAAGGUCAGUAGCGUCACUAUAGUGUUAUCAAAUACAUAUAAUCUUUUGUUUUGAUUGAUUGUAAAU